AUGAAGAGAAAGAGAUUGAGUACUGGAGUUAGAUUAAUACAAGGCCGUGAAAGACAAAGACAGCAGUUGAGUUCAGAAACGCCUGAACAUCGCGAUACGAGGUUAAAUAAACAACGAGAGCGUACCCAGCAAUGCAGAGCUAAUAAUCUGCAGGCAUUCGAGAAUGCUAUUAACACAAUUUGUAUACAUGUUUGUGAUAUUUGUACCAAACGUUGUUAUCCUAAUCAAGUUCGUACAGUUCGGUACAACGCUGCUGCAUUAACAUACUUACCUGUGGAGUUAACUUCGAAAAUAUCAUUGUUAUUAUGUUCCCGCUGUCAAACAUAUGUUACUAGUAAUAAAACAACAGCACCACCAAAAGCUUACUGGAAUAAUCUGGAUCCAGGUUCUAUAUCAGAAGUUAUUCAAACAUUGACACAGGCGGAACAACGUUUGCUGUGCAAAAUAAUUCCCUUUGUUAAAAUCGUGAAAUUUAGUGGCCUCUAUGGGCAGUACGGUUUUCGCGUACAGGCAGUUUUAUUUGCCCAAGAUAUCUUUAAAGUCAGUGAACGACUGCCUAGUAUGCUACCAAGAUCUGCAAGCCAGGUAGGCAUUAUUGUAGUAACCGAACGAUUAGAAAAUUUGAACAUCACCAGGGAAUUCACAAUAUGUCGCGUAAAAGUCUAUAGUGCUUUAAGAUGGUUAAUCAGAAAUAACCCGCUUUACAAAGAUGUACGUAUUGACGACAAUGCCCAAAUUAGUGACCAGGAGUUAGUACGACUUAGUGUGCCCGAAUUGUCUGAAGAUGAAGCGUCCGAAAGGAAUGAAAAUGAAAUUCGAAAUGCAUUCAUUCCAAUUAAUAAUGUUGCAAGAAUUAUUCGAGCUUCAUGGCAUCAAGGUGACUACAACGUCUUUACUUCGCGAUAUGCUGGUGUACAAUGUAGUGCUAUGGCGUUGGCGAACAUUGUCCGAGCUGCAAUCCUAAGCCCUAAUCAAUGGGACGUCAAUAUUCUGAAUGCUAAUAUGUUAGCGGGAAUAUUGACAGCGUCAAAUAAAUCUGUUAGCGUAUUUCGCGGUGAAGACAAAUACUAUUUUGCUGACUACCAUUCUUGUGGCCCAAAAGGAAAACCAACACCAGAAAAUGGCAAAGCCUGUGUUAUAGAAUGCGACAACUUACAAGAACUGUGCCGCAUCUGUAAAAGAUGCCUCGGAUCCCGUAAUAUCGCGUACACCCUUACACGCGUAGACGUACAUUUGAGGGAAAAUAUUAUCACUCGUCAGGGUGUUCAAGUACAGCAACAGGAAGAUGCCAUCACUCAUCAGGAUGUACAAGUACAACAACCGCUUUCGAAUCUGAGAUCUGAAACUAUACCUAUACAAACAUCUGUAAUGUUGCCUAUUGAUAGCGUCCAACCUGAUGUUGAAGAUGAGCUAGAGGUAUCUGAAAAUGUAAACGAAAUCAGAAGAAAGACGAAUAAUAAUAUUGUGAAUGAAAGCUUAUGA